AACAUCGGCGCGUUUCGCCGGUCAGUCGACAGAUACCUAUUUUAAAUAACUAAUUAUUGACACAAACUUAUUGGUGGUAAAUUAAUAAUCAGAAUGGCUUCUUCGUGGGAUAACCGUGUUGCUUUUGUUGUUAGAUAUUUAUAUGAUAUCGACUGCAACGGAUAUUUGGAUGCACACGACUUUCACUGUCUGGCGUUGAGGUCGUGUGUUCUGGAGGGGCGCGGGGAAUGCAGCGGCGCACGGCUUCAGCGUUACCGGCACAUUAUGCUCAGCCUUUGGGAAGAGAUCGCGCAGCUUGCGGACUUCGACAAGGUGCCAGACUAUGAUGGUAUAAUAACAGUGGACGAGUUCAAACAGGCAGUUAUGAACUGUUGUGUAGGCAGAAAGUAUGAAGACUUCCCACAGGCUAUGAAGGCGUUUAUAGAAUCCAAUUUCAGAAUGAUAGAUUUGAACAGUGACGGUGUUUUGGCUUUAGAAGAAUACAGAUACGAUUGUGUACAGAGGAUGGUGCUUGAAGAUAUAAAGAUAAUUGAUGAAGCGUUCUAUUCCUUAUUAAAUGAUGACGACCGUAGAAGAGGAGGAAUUACCCUGUCGCGGUAUCAGGAAUUAUUUGCCCAGUUCCUUGGCGAUCAGAGUGAGGAUUGUCCGGCGAAGCAUUUGUUCGGACCUCUUGAUCUAUAGCCAACUAUAUCCGUGUGUGAAUGCGGUG